AUGCCACUUCAGCUAGUGGUAGCGGUUCCAACGUUCGUGUGCUCCUGCCUGAGCAUGCUAGCAAGCACGACAUUCGCCAUCUUCUACCUCAUAUUCCCACCGGAGCGGCAUUUUCGCCAGGCGCUGAUCAUCAACUUGCUGGUAGCUGAUCUGAUUAACUCCGCCAACAACACGAUAUCUGGAGCAGUCGCUCUCUCGAGACGAUACCACGCAGAGCCUCUCGAACAAGGACCCGCUUGCAUCGCCAAUGGCUACAUUGGACAGUUCUCGGUGCAAGCAAUCGACUUCAACAUCUUGAUCAUCUCGGUCGCGGUGCUUCUCACGGUGCGCCAGAGUCGGAUCGUAAUUGAGCCGCCUUGGUGGCAAGUCAUAGUCAUAUGCGCCAUACCCUGGAUUCCGCCUAUCAUCACGAGCAACAUCGCACUCGCUUCGGAUUUCUACGGUCCUGUGAGCGGGAAUUGGUGCUGGAUUCAGGCAAAACACUUUGAGAUGAGGUAUCUUCUCACCCAUGGCUGGCGUAUUGCGAUAUUUGUCUCGACUAUCGCGAUCUACACGUAUGUCUACAUCUACCUGAAGCGAGCCUACGGCCAGCUACAUAUAUCCACAUCGAGCAAUGGCACUGGACCAGACACCGAAACGGAGAUGCAAAAGGUCUCACACGAAGUGCUACCUCCGAACAGACACAUUCGAGUGAGGUCUUCAAUCACCACCACACACGAGAGCGACGAGCACUUAAUGUUGCCCGGGGCAUCUAAUAUGGGUCACUGGCCAGACGACGACCCAAGCACAACCCAUCCGACAACUUACCCCAAAGGAAAAUAUGCCCCAGGCUCAACCGCUGAGAUAAGAAAUAUCGUAUUAGCUACACCAGCUGCUGAGAAAGCUCGGGAGCGCAAGACGUCCUUGAGGAAGAUGCUACUCCUCAAUGGCUAUCCGAUCCUGUACAUCCUGCUUUGGAUACCAGGGAUGGCGAACCGUAUAGCGGAGGCCUUCGGACCCUCGCCGAGAUGGCUGAGGGUAACCCAAGCGUCGACUCAACUGGUUGGGCUGGCGAAUGCUAUGACCUACGCAUAUAAUGAGCAGCUGCGGGGGAGGAUAAGAGGGCGGACGACGAAGCGGCUGUUCUCGUAG